GUGCGAAAAUGUGCGCCAGAAGGACAGCAGAGUACGAGGAGGAACUUUGGGGACCAGAAAACGAGAACGAGCGACAACGCCAACUGCUGGACGCUUUUUGCAAGACGCAGCCGAGAGUUGUCUUACGCAGGGCAGACAUCAGUGGAGAUCUUCGUCCCAAGCAACAGGAGCCAGAGUCCCCUCCCAUUAAAGAGGAAGAGCAGAAUGAAGAUGUCGCCCACAUUAAAGAGGAAGAGGAGGAGGAAGAUGUCGCCCACAUUAAAGAGGAAGAGGAGGAGAAGGAUAUAAGCAAGUUGCCACCGACUGGUGUCCCUUUGAAGAGUGAAGAUGGAGGUCCAAGUGAGGUGAGCAGAGGGGCGCAGCUUCCAAGCAGCAGCUCAAGUCAACACAAGACAACAGGAGGUGAUGGAGACCACUGUGGAGGAUCACAAGCAGACGGCCUCUUAGCGCCACUAUCAGAUAGUGACGACAUAACGUCACACUCUCCUCACGCUGAUGAUGAUGAUGACGAUGAUGAUGAGUCUGAAGGUCUUCAGACAGGUCACACUGACGCCAAAUGCUGGAAAUGUUCUCAGUGUGGAAAAACCUUAGCUUCUAAGUGCAGUUUGAAAGCUCAUGUGAGAACACACACUGGAGAAAAACCUUUUUUCUGCUCAGAUUGUGGUAAUAGAUUUACUACAAAGGGAUAUUUGAAAAUACACGCAAGAACCCACACCGGUGAGAAACCUUUUUCCUGCUCUGUUUGUGGUCAAAGAUUCUCUCGUAACGCACACUUACGAGGUCACACAAGAACGCACACUGGUGAGAAACCCUUUUCCUGCUCAGUUUGUGGUCAAAGAUUCACUCAGAAGGGAAAUUUAAGAAGUCACGCAAAAACACACACUGGUGAAAAACCUUUUGCAUGCUCGGUUUGCGGUCAAAGAUUCUCUGAAAAGGGAAACUUAAAAACUCACACGAGAACCCACACUGGAGAGAAACUUUUUGUUUGUUCAUAUUGUGGUCAUAGAUUUACUACAAAUGGAUAUUUGAAAAUACACACAAGACUACAUACUGGUGAGAAACCUUUUUCCUGCUCAGUAUGUGGUCAAAGAUUCUCUCUGGAGGGACGCUUAAGAAGUCACUCAAGAACCCACACUGGCGAGAAACUGUUUCCCUGCUCAGAUUGUGGCCAAAGAUUUACAACAAAGCGAUAUUUAAAAAUACACACAAGAACACACACUGGCGAGAAGCCUUAUUCCUGCUCAGCUUGCGGUCAAAGAUUCAAUCACGAGAUAUCUUUGAAAGUACACACACGAACACACACUGGGGAGAAACCUUUUUCUUGCUCGCUUUGUGGUCAAAGAUUCACUCAGAAGAAACAUUUGACAACACACACAAGAACUCACACUGGAGAGAAACCUUUUGCCUGCUCAGAUUGCGGUCGGCGAUUCUCUUCUAAUAGAAGCUUGAAAAAUCACACAAGCAGCCACACAGGAAAGAAACCUUUUUCCUGCUCAGUUUGUGGCCAGAGAUUCUCUUAUAUGUAUCAGGUGACGUCACACAAGUGUGCUGGUGGGAAUAGCAGCGAUUGAGAAGCUUUGUAUGAAAAUGUAAAUGUGUCCUAUCAAAAGUAAUUACUACGAUAAUGAUUUCGACGUCUCCAUUCUUUUGUUCUUUAUCUAGCCUGUCUCGUUUGAUCUAUAUUCUUAUGAUCUAUAUCCUGAAUAACGUACAACUCUUCAAACGGUGAGAUUAACUGAAUUUGAUUGUACUGUAUAUCAAAUCCAUUGCCCCCAUUGAAAAUCAUUGAAAUUCCUAUAACAAGUUCGAGCUCCCACUUACACUAGGAAAACUAACACUCUGUAACAUAGUACUCUAAAAACAAAAUACAGAGUAAUUACAUAGUGGAAUGGAAUGUAAAGAAUUAAACAGUUUUUACAUCAUAGUUUAGUCACCUUAGCCACCAGGAGGCAUUACUGUAAACUACUUUCAUGCACACACACACGAAGAAAACCUUUUUGCGCGACAUAAGGCGUCAAUGGCAUCCAAGCUCCUGGUUUCACAGUGCAAUCGUGCAGCUCCUGGCUGUUUACACAAAUGUGAAGGAAGUUAGAGAGUGGACUUUAGGCAUGAAUUCACACCAUGAAACAGGAGCUGAGCUAAUUCACAUUCAUUGUCAUCAGUGGAUAAUAAUAGCCGACUCAUCAUGUUCACUCCUCCACCCGUAUUGAACUGUAGGAAUGAAGACGGAUGAGGAAAGAGAGCAACAAGGGAGCGACAUCGACUGGAAAUGUGACUCAAAAGGUUUUCCCAGAAUAAAGCCAUUUGUGACGCAGUCGAGGAAUCAUAUGAAACUUAAUGUGGAUAUUCAACAUUUUAGUCAAGGUGCAUCGUAUAAGACUUAUUUAACUUGAAAUUUAAAAGCUUCUGGGUAGAAAAGGAGCUUCCCUGAAUUGUCAUUCACAAGCAAUGAAUGAAUCCAAAAGCUAGUUUAUUUUUAGCCUUGUCGCGAGUCUUUUGACGUAGUACUGUAAAUAUCUGACGGCCAAGGAAGUUAUUUAAAAAACAAAAAACAAACACAUGUCGUCGGUCGGGGACAGACAACAUGCCGGGCUUGACCGUGCCGGAUCAGACUACAAGACAAAUUUAUUUGGGCGCUACAUUUGCUCACAUCCUGUGCAUCGGAAUCGGAAUGCCUUUAUUGCCAUUGCAUUAAUUACAAUGAAAUAGGAGCGCUGCUCCAGGAAGGCGCGUCAUCCACACAUCAUCCAAAACACAGUAACAUCAAUAAGCACACGCCUCAUUUAAAAAUGUUGGAAUAAUUUGAGAGAAUAAAUAAUCAAGUGCUAUGCCACGAUAAAAGUAAUUCAGCUAAUCGUACAUUUUUGGCCAUGCAAAGUGUUUCUCUGCGGUACCCUGAGCGUGCAUGAGCUCGUCUAAUCUGGGAAGCUAAGCAGGGUCGGUCCUGGUUAGUUCUUGGAUGGGAGACCACGUUAGGAAUACCAGGUGCUGGGUUUGGGCGAUAGGCCUACCACUUGCUCCCGUAAAAAUGGCACUGAGAGUUCGAACUAACAGCGCUGAAAAAAAAGAUGUAGAUACUAAAACGAAGUCAAGCAAUGAAUUAGGACUAUUAGACGUGCGCUUUCUAAUGUCAUUUUGUAAUACGAUCAUCUGCCUUUUUUUCCACUGAUGUAUGUCACUUUCUGCCCCGGCGAUGGUGUUUGUACGUUCUGUGUUUUAUGAAUAAAUGUGAAUGG